AUGCAAUUGACUAACUGGUACUACAAGAAGCACGACAGCAACACCUGGGUUCCAUCUCACGACCUUGACAGCCCAACAACCGAAAUUUUUGUCGACUUAAUGCAUAGCGGUGUCAUCCCGGAUCCAUUCCAAGAAAUGAACGAAAAACACCUUCAAUGGGUUGGCCAAGUCGACUGGGACUAUAGAUCAACUUUUAAAACUCCAAGGAGCAGUAAAAAGUCUCUGUUGAGAUUUGAGGGUCUUGACACCUUUGCGACAGUCCGCCUCAACGGUACUAUAAUCUUGGAAAAUGAAAACAUGUUCGAAGAACAUCUGAUUGAUGUCUCCAAUUAUAUCAAACAUGAUGAUUAUAAUAAUAAAUUGGAAAUCACCUUCUAUUCUGCCGAGAAUAAGGGGCAUGAACUGUUGAAAGAAAGUGGGAAAAGCGAACCUCCUUAUGCUUGGAAUGGUGACCGGACCAGAGUUUUAAUUAGAAAGGCAACCUAUCAAUAUGGCUGGGAUUGGUCCCCAAUUUUGAUUAGCUGUGGUCCUUACCGUAAGAUUGAUCUCAUUCAAUUCGAAGACAAAUGGUUGGAUAAGCGUAAUGUUUACUUCCACACUGCAUUCGACAAUGACCUAAAAUGUAAAUUUGACAUCGAGAUCGAGCAGGACGAUUAUAACAAGGACAUUGAGGCCAUUGAAGUAAAAGUUGUCGAUGCCGAAGAAAACAUUGUCUGUCAAUCAAUCUCAAAAAAUGGUUUAACUGUCAAUUUCAACCAAAAAUUCAAAUUAUGGAACCCAGUUGGUCAUGGUAAUCCAUAUAUGCACCGUGUUAUAAUUACGGUUCCAUCCACUGGGCAAAUUAUUGAAUUUCCUUAUGGGUUCCGUAAAGCCGAAUUGGUAGAGGAGCCUGUUCCUGGUGAAGAUGGAACAUCUUUCUACUUCAGAAUUAACAAUAUUCCAGUGUAUAUUUCUGGUGUAAACUGGAUCCCACCAAACUGUUUCCCCACAGUUAAGCAAGAUUAUCCACAAACCUUACAAACCAUCAUUGAUGCUAACAUGAACAUGGCAAGAGUUUGGGGUGGUGGUGUUUACGAAUGUGAUGAGUUCAUGUCAACCUGUGAUAAAAUGGGUAUACUAGUAUGGCACGAUUUCAUGUUUGCCUGUGGUCAAUAUCCUGCAGACCCUAAGUUCAGACAGACUAUUGAAAAUGAAGCACGUACCCAGUUAAAAAGAUUAAACAAGUAUUGCAGCAUUGUAGCAUGGGUUGGAAACAAUGAAGACUACCAACUUGCAGAGAGUUACAAUUUACAAUGGGAUCGUAAUGACAACAGCGGGGACUACACAAACACUAACUUCCCUGCUAGAACAAUAUAUGAGGUAGAUCUACCAUCAUAUGUUUCCAAAUGGACAGACAACGUUCCUUAUCACCCCGGUUCACCAUUCAGUGGCGGCGACCACCCAACUAGUGACUUAUUGCGGGGUGAUCUUCAUCAGUGGAACGUCUGGCAUGGUGAUGAACGUCCUUAUCAAGACUGGGAUGAUUUAGCUGGUAGGUUUAUAUCUGAAUUCGGUAUGUUAUCAUAUGGAAGCGAGAAAAUGUAUAAGAAAUACUGCGCUUCUGACCUCCAUCCACAGAGCGAGGUUAUUCGCAUGCAUAACAAAGCAAGUGGUGGUGAAGACAUUCUCCUCAAGUAUAUUGUAUUGAAUUUCAGACUAGGCGACAUGACCCUAGCAAACAUGGUGUUUUUGUCUCAGGUAAUGCAAUCUGAUUGUAUUGCCCUAGCCUACAAAGUUUUCAGACGCAGAUGGAGCAAUAAGAGAUGCGGUGGUUGUCUAGUCUGGCAAUUAAAUGACUGCUAUCCGGUUUCGUCCUGGGCAGUUAUUGACUACCUUCACAUUCCAAAACUAGCUUGGUACGCUAUCAAGAGAGAAAGCGAACCUCUAACUUUGGCCAUAAACAGAAAAUCACUAGGCAGAAGUGAAGCUGAUCAAUUGCGUGAUGCCGACCAUAAGCUCGAUGCUUGGUUUGAGAACCUUGAGGUUUGGGUUGCAAACUCUACCCUUGAAACUCGUAAAAACCUAAUCGUUGAAAUUGAGCUAUACAACGUAGGAUCUGGAACCUUGCACAAAAAGUUUUCAAUACAAGUAGACGCUGCAGCUAACGAUAUUACGGAACUCGGUGACAUUAAAGGACUCCUAAACCUAGAGAAUAACAAGUUUAUCGCCAAGGGUAAAUUGCUCGAAGAUGGGAAAAUUAUAGCUAGAACUUCCGACUGGCCUCAGCCAUUGAAGUACGUUACUUUCGACUAUGAAGCAACUAUCGAGCUCUCUUGGAUUGACGAAGAAGAACACAUUUUGGGUGUCAGCGCAAAUAGACCAGUGAAAUCACUCCAACUUUCUAUACCAACUGAAGAAGAUGAAGAAAUUGUUCAAUUCUCGGAUAACGGGUUCGAUGUAUUCCCUGGAGAUCUGCACCCAGUAAAGAUAACGUCCGAAGGUACUCCAGCGCUAGUAAGCUUUGUGGUCACCAAGUACCUAUAA